AUGGGCGUUUUUCGACAAAUUCGGUUAGUUUUAUGGAAAAAUUUUACCAUACGAAGACGACGAUGGCCUCGUGUGAUCUUCGAAUUGAUCUGGCCGCUUUUCCUCUUCCUCAUUCUCAUGUGGGUACGAACACGGAACUUAGUCUUUUAUUAUGAUUCUUGUCAUAAUGACGCGAAAUAUCUCGGCUCGACCGGUUUCUUUCCCGCUUUACAAAGUUAUGUCUGUAGAUGGAAUAAUACAUGUCAUAAUUAUACUAAUCCAUAUGAUCAAUUCAAUUCUUUUGAUAGUAAUCUCGGAAUAUGGAGAACAUUUUCCGAACUCGGUGAUAGUCUUUCAAUAGUUUUAAAUGACACUGGCACAAUCGAUGAUAUAAAUAAACUUAUAUCUCAAGUUGAUUCCUUAAAUGCCUAUAGUGACAUAUGGAAUGGUACUCUAUCGGCCAAUCGAACACCCAGUGAUUUCAAUCAAUUAAUACCAUUAUCAAUGAUCAAUAGUCUCUUUUCAAACUCGGUUAAUCUUUCUAAUCUUCAUCAAAAAUGGUUCAUGAAUCGAACAGAAUCCGUCCCGAAUUUAUUCGUUGCUGCAGAAGUCUACUUUGCGUCAGUACAAACAAAUUACACAUAUACAUACCGUACAGAUAUUGACAUCCAACAAUCGUUUUGCACCAAUGGACAGUUUGAUCGAACAUUUUUAAUAAAAAAUCAAACGCAAUCCAUCCAAACUAUGAACUACCUAUGUAAUAACUUAUCAUCGAUCGAACUUAAAACAUUUUUAAUCAAUGUACAAGAACAAUUUGAUGAGAUAUUUGUGACUACCAGCGGACCAAUAUUUUUCAAUUUAGCUUUGAAUGGCUUGCAAGCCAUGCAAACGAUACAAAGCCUCGGCAAUCGUCUGAAUAAUCUCAAUAUAAGUUUCCCAUUUCAAGGAACAAAUGAUAGUUUAAGUCUGGCAACUUUAUGCGGUGGCCGUAAUGAUUUCUCUUUUAAUACGGGCACAUCUGCAAACAGUGGCACCAGAUCAGGCACAACUUCCAAUGAAACACGAUCUGGAGGAGAACGUUCUACACAGGCAGAACAAGUACAAGAAGUUCUCGGUAUCGACUGGAACGAGUUUGCCACUGCUCUACUAGAAUUCAAUGAAUCUGCUAUGUGCCGACAAUCAUAUCAAGUCGGAUCGGGUAACAUCCAGCAAGCGAUCUAUGUCAAUCGUACUUGUCGCUGUGUUCUAUUCGAUCAAUUAUUCAACUCCUAUGACUUUCUUAAACAAUUUGCUGUGAUCAUUCGUCCGUUACUCUAUGGGAAAAUCUAUUAUCACCCAUCGAAUGUUCCAUAUGAUAAUCUGAUUAAGCAAAUCAAUCAAACAUUCGAAUCAUUGGAUGAGUUUAUUAAACUUCUACGACAAGUGCACAAAGCCAUUCAGCCGACAUAUGAUACAGUAUCGAAAUUAUGUGGUUUCUUACCGAAUGCUACGUCGAUUUGUAAUCAGUUGAAUGACUACAGAUUACCCAUAUCUUUCUUCACGAUCAUAACAGAAUUUGUUGCAUGUUCAGAGAGAAAUCGUUUUGUUCCGAAGGCUAGUGAGAGCGAUAUGGUAACUGAUGGACAAACUAACGCAGUGACGAAUACAUUCCUAGCUGCAAUCGAAUUUCUUGAUGCCAUUCCGGAUAACGCUACUUUACCCAAACACAUCAGAUAUAAAAUACGAAUGGCUCUGGAUUAUGUCGAUAAUACAGCUCGAACAGAAGAUCGAUAUUUCAAUUAUGCACCUCGAUAUGGUGCACCAUUUUCGACAAAAUAUCAUUCAUUUACAUUUAUUUAUCUACAAAAUGCUUUGGAUCGAGCGAUUAUCAAUACCCAAACAGGAAUGGAUGUUUCUUAUGGAAUUCAAACGCAACAAAUGCCGUAUCCAUGUUGGGUAAACGAUAGAUUUGUUAAUUCCAUCAGGCAAAUGUUACCAUUAUUUAUGGUUCUGAGUUGGAUCUUUACUGUGUCAAUGAAUGUUAAAGAUAUCGUGUACGAAAAAGAAAAACGACUGAAAGAAAUUAUGAGAAUUAUGGGUUUAUACGAUUCCGUACAUUGGUUUACAUGGUUUGUUUUAUGUGUGGUAGUAAUGUUAGUUACUAGUUUAUUACUGGUGUUGAUUUUGAAAUUCGGAAAAAUUACUCAAUUCUCUAAUCUACUCAUCUUGUUUAUCUUAUUCGUUUGUUAUACUCUUGCAACAAUCAAUCAAUGUUUUCUCAUAAGUGUCUUUUUCAAACGAGCAAAUCUGGCAGCAUGUGGUGCUGGUAUAAUCUAUUUUCUUUUGUAUUUACCAUAUACAGCUUUGAUAAACUAUGAUAGUCAAACACGUACAUGGCACAAAGUGAUUGCUUGUUUAUCAUCGACUGUAGCAUUCGGACUCAGUUGUGAUUAUAUCGCUCGGUUUGAAGGUAUGACGCAAGGUAUCCAAUGGAGCAAUAUCAACAAAGGAGCCAAGCCAAAUGACAAUUUUACUUUUCUCUACUGUUUGAUAAUGAUGCUUGUAGAUUCAGUGAUUUAUAUGUUACUAACUGUUUAUAUUGAAAAUGUUUUUCCCGGUGAAUACGGUAUUCCUCAGCCAUGGUAUUAUCCAUUAACGAAAAAGUAUUGGUUUGGUUAUGAUAUUGAUAAGAUUCGUCAACGUACCGAAGAGUUGAAACAAACAGAAACAAAUAUGAAUAAUGAAAACGAUGUUGACCUUCCGCAAUCGGAAGUCGGUGUUGAAAUCCAGAAUCUUUCGAAAUACUAUCGCAAUAAACUCGCGUUGAAGAAUCUAUCGGUGAAAUUCUAUCGCAAUAUGAUAACAGCAUUUCUUGGAAGAAACGGUGCGGGGAAAAGUACGACAUGGUCGAUUUUGACCGGGUUAAUCCCACCAACUAGUGGAACAGCAUAUAUCGAUGGUUAUGAUAUUUUAACUGAUAUUAAAGUCAUACGAAAGCGAUUAGGAUUUGCACCGCAACAUAAUAUUCUAUUCGAUCGAUUGACGGUUAAAGAACAUUUAGAAUUCUUCUCCGCAUUGAAAGGUGCACCGAGUGAAACUAUUGAACAAGAAACAACGAAAAUGUUAGGAGAUCUGUCGUUAGAGAAAAAGUCCGAAAAUUAUUCAACUCAACUGUCCGGUGGAAUGAAAAGAAAGUUAUCCAUUGCAAUUGCAUUUAUUGGUAAUUCAACUACAGUCAUUCUCGAUGAACCUACAGCAGGUGUUGAUCCAUUUGCUCGUCGAGCUAUAUGGGAUCUGAUUCUGAAAUACAAACCCGGUCGCACAAUAGUUCUGUCAACUCAUCAUCUCGACGAAGCUGAUUUACUCAGUGAUCGUCUAGCAAUCAUAUCUUCGGGCGAAUUGAAAUGUGUUGGCACGUCGAUGUACUUAAAACAUAAAUACGGUGAAGGGUAUAAUUUAAUCGUUGAAUUAACGUCAAAGUCGGAUGAAAAAGAACUCCGACAAAACGAAGCUUCGACGGAUGAUGCGCUUGACCCAGCGCAUAUCGAAUUAAAUGAUAUAAGUUUGUCAAUGCAUUUUGAACGACUAACGGAAUUUCUGAAGGAAUAUAUGCCUGAUAUACGAGUGAAAGAACGGCAUGGUGAUCAAAUUACCUACGUUAUAUUAGAUGAUGUUGAACAUACAAGAGUUUUUCCUAAAAUGUUGGCUGAUCUCGAUGAAAAUCAAGCGCAGUAUCACAUCAAAAGUUAUGGAUUGUCAAAUAGUAGUCUUGAGCAAGUAUUUCUUCGGGUAGCCGAUGAGGUUAAGCGACGAGAGGAUUAUGAACGUGCAUCGUGCUGGAAGCGAAUGACAACAAGGAUAAAAGGAUGGACUCAGAAACGUCAACCCAAAGAGGAAGUUCAACCAGAAGUCAAAGAAGAAGACGAAAAGGAUGAUCAAGAACUAUUUAAUACGUGUCUAAGUGAUGAAUGGAGUUCGUACACUGUUGAACGUUAUACUGGUAUUCAACAUCUCUUUGUUCAAGUACUUGGCUUACUCAUCAAACGUUUUCAUCGUACGAGACGCAACAUAAAAGGAUUGAUCGCUGAAAUUCUCCUUCCAAUUAUCUUCAUUCUAUUGGCUAUGUUAGUUAUAACACUAACGCCAAAUCAAUCGGAUCCGCCACCGCUUAUACUUCAUCCUUGGUAUUGGGGUAAACCUAACUAUAUGUUCCAAUCAAUGACCAAUAACCAAAGUUCAACAUUAUCCAAAUCCGUUCAACAAACAUUUACUCAGUCACCAUCAUUAGGUACACGUUGUAUGGCAUCCACAAUGCUCGAUACACGACUAUAUCCAUGCUCCUCCUACGGUGGUUAUACAUCAGCAACACCAAGCUCAGAAGUACUCAAUGCAUUAAAUAGUGUCAAUUAUAGUUAUACACAUAUUUCUCCUGGAUGCGAUUGCUGGGAAAAAAUGCAAGUGUGUCCUGUGGGCGCAGGCGGUCCGCCACCAGGUUAUGAUACUCUUCAAACACAAGAUACACUGUUUCAGUUGUCUGGCUAUAAUAUAAGUGAUUGGAUUGUAAAAACAGAAUUCCGUGAAGAAUAUCUGAUGAAACGUUUUGGUGGCAUUGAAUUUUUAUCUCGAAGCAAUUUAACAGUAUAUGAUCUUCUCGAUGAAACACUCAUCCAACAGCUAGUUAAUAUCAGCGGCCAAAUCAAUCAAACAAUCGUAACUAUCAACGCAACAAAAUUGGCCACACUAUUUCGAAUACAUCCGCCACAAGCUUCGGUUUGGUACAAUAAUAAAGGAUGGCCAUCCAGUGUUGCAUUUCUAAACAUAUUCAAUAAUGCUUUGCUACGUGGAAUUCUUCGUCAACAAACGAGCUCGGCAUCAGUUGAUGACUACGGUAUUACUGCUAUCAAUCAUCCAUUGCCGGAAACAACGAUUCAGAUCGAUAGCGAAUUACAAACUCGUGUUGCAAUCGAAAUGUUUACGGCUAUAUGUGUGAUUUUCGCAUUAGCAUUCAUUCCAGCCAGUUUUCUCGUUUUCCUCAUUGAUGAACGAGUAACUACGUCAAAACAUUUACAAUUCGUUAGUGGAGUCAAAGGAAUAACUUAUUGGUGGUCAACUUUCCUAUGGGAUUUAACAAACUACAGUGUAUCGAUCACAUGUUGUAUCAUCAUCUUCCUUGCCUUCGGUGUUGAAUCCUACGUGUACAAAAUGAACUUUCUCUGCUUAUUAUUGUUAUUAUUCUUGUAUGGUUUUGCGACGAUACCAUUAAUGUAUCCAAUCAAUUACCUAUUCAAAACGCCAUCGACUGGUUUUGUAUUAAUAUCAUGCAUCAACAUAUUUAUUGGUAUGAUGACAAGUAUUUCUACGAUUACGUUAGAAACUUUCAACGAUGAAGAAGAUUUACAACGAAUUAAUCAAAUUUUAACCAAAGUGUUCCUGAUCUUUCCACAUUAUUGCCUUGGACGCGGCCUGUUCGAUAUGAGUAAAACACAUACGACCAAUGUAGUCAGCGCUAAAUACAUUCCCAACUACCAAGCAAAGUCACCAUUUGAAUUUAAUAUUGUUGGACGAAAUCUAUUCGCUCUAUUCAUCGAAGGCGUGUUCUUUUUUCUAUUUGCGAUCCUCGUUCAAUAUCGAUUCUUCAUUCCCGAUCGUGGUUGUGUUCGGACGCCAGCAGAUUCGAAAACAGCAGUGGAUGAUGAUGACGAUGUUGCUGCUGAACGACAACGAAUCUAUUCCGAUCGUGACAAUACAAGUGGAGAUAUCCUACGCAUGAUUGAUUUAGUUAAAGUUUACGGAUGGAGAUUUGGAAAACAAUUCACAGCGGUGAAACGUACAUGUGUUGGGGUGAAACAAGGCGAAUGUUUCGGUUUAUUGGGUAUCAAUGGUUCAGGCAAAUCGACAACAUUUAAAAUGCUAACAGGAGAAAUUUCGAUGACAGAUGGAAAUGCAUUUGUUAACAAUUACAGUGUUAUCAAGGAACUGAAUAAAGUUCAUGAAAAUCUAGGUUAUUGUCCACAGUUUGAUGCAUUGGAUUCUCUACUAACAGCAAGAGAACAUUUGUAUCUGUAUGCUCGUUUACGCGGAAUCAAACGAAAGAAUAUGCCAUUUAUCGUCGACUGUCUAUUGAAACGACUCGGUCUGACUCUUUGGGCAGAUCGACCUGUAAAACAAUAUUCUGGCGGAAACAAACGGAAAUUAUCAACAGCAAUUUCACUAAUUGGUAAUCCAUCGAUUAUAUUCAUGGAUGAACCAACAACAGGAAUGGAUGUUCGUGCAAAAAGAUUUUUAUGGAACUGUAUAUUGACAUUAACACGUAAAGAUCAUAAAUCUGUUGUUAUCACUUCGCAUUCUAUGGAAGAAUGUGAAACAUUAUGUAAUCGUUUGGUCAUUAUGGUUAAUGGCAAAUUCAAAUGCUUGGGCAGUGUGCAACAUUUAAAAGCAAAAUUUGGUGACGGUUAUACAAUUCUCAUUCGAGCAAAUAUCGAUACCGAUACGAAACGUGUAGUUGAUUACAUAAAAGAGAACAUCCCCGAAUCGACGGUUAAAGAAGAACACAAUAAAAUGCUACAUUUUCGUGUAUCAACAAACGUCCCCCUACAUCGGAUGUUUAGUGUCUUAGAAAAAGCGCGCGAGGAUUUACGUAAUAUUAUUGAAGAUUAUACCGUGACACAAGUGACACUCGAUGAUGUAUUUGUGAACUUCGCGCGAAUUCAAGAAGAAAAUCAAACAUCCGAACAACCCGAUCAGAAUACAACAGAAGAGAGUUGUUUUAAACGAAACUUUUUUUAUAAGCUAUUUCAUCGAAAAAAGAAGAAUAUCAUGGAAUUAACCAGCCUUUAA